GGUUUCCUCUUGUUAUCGUUGCCAGGGGGGGAUGAUGGAUUUCCUCACCCUGUUUGGGAUUUACGUGGCGGUGGUGCUAACCUGUAUAUUCCUAGUGUGCAAAUACUCAGGCCAACAAAACAACCCCUUUAGGGCACUGCUGAGUUAUGUUACACAGGUAGUGGCCCCUUUCACUCCUCAGUGGCUUCAGAGGUUUUCACACUGGAUUUUCCACAAACUGUUUCAUCAAAGGAGCAACAUUUUCAUAUAUCUGCAUAUCUUACUAGAAGGCUCUGUGUAUGCAGAGUUCACCUAUGAGGUGUUUGGCUUCUGCCGGGAGAUGGACACCAGUUUGACAAGUUUGUUGGUGCCUUACCUUCUACUGGUCAUCAAGACCUUCUUCUUCUACCUCUGCAUCAAAACAGAUCCAGGCACGGUGACAAAGAGAAAAGUCUCCAGCUUGAUUCACAUCUAUCCAUAUGACAGGAGAUUGUUUCACCCUGGUGUCUCCUGUGAAACAUGCCAACUUGUCAAACCAGCCCGUUCCAAACAUUGCAGAGUGUGCAACAGGUGUGUAAUGCGCUUUGACCACCACUGCGUCUGGGUGAACAACUGCGUCGGAGCUGGGAACACCCGUUACUUCCUGCUCUAUCUGCUCAGUGUGUGCGCCAUGGCCCUGGACAUCUCCCUUCUAACAGGAGACAUGCUGCUUCAUGCUGUGCUGCGUUCAGGGCUUCUAAGAGCCAGUUACAUUGAAGAGUCUGGCCAGCAGCAGCCGGCUGGGCCCCUGUUUGUUGUACAGCACCUGUUUUUGACUUUUCCCCGCAUUGUCUUCAUGCUGGGUUUCGUGAUCUUCGUCUUCUUCCUCCUUGCUGGUUACACCUUGUUUCAUUCCUUCCUGGCUCUUGUCAACCAAACCUCCAAUGAGUGGUACAAAAGUCGGGGCCUGGUUUGUCGGCACUGCCAUCCAACGCCGACGGCCGAUGACCUUUGUGGCCCCGUCCCAGAUCAUUCUAAGAGGUACUACUACAGCCGAGGGCUGCUUGGAAACCUGGGAGAGAUUUUCUUCCCUCUGCAGGCCACCCAGAAGAAGGGUAACUGAACGACCCUGCCUUUGGUUUGACAUUCACAGCUAUUACCAACACUACUAGAGCUGAGAGGGAAAACUCUCACUAUGUUCUGUAUCUUAACUGAUUCCUGCAACUUUACCAAGCUGUAUUUUUAUUAAUAACCCGGCAGCUGAAAUUUUGUGCCUCUGAGAAUCAAAUAACCAAAAUAAAUGUCACUUUUUUAUAUA